AUGAGUCUGCCCCAGCCCAUACAUCACCACAACCGUCGCCAAAGCAUCGCCAAACUUACCCGUUCGCCGAUGUCAUCGUCGCCCAUGGCAUCACUGCCGUCCCGAAUGGGCCUGCUAGCCAAUAAUGCCUCUUUUGUCGCGGUUUCUGGGUCGUCUUCUCCCGUUCCAGACGAACACGCCCUAGAUGACAACUUCUCCCAAGGCAUUGACGACCCUCGCAUGAUCAACCAGGUCGCCAAGCAUCUUGCUGGGUUGGACUACUCCCACGAAGGCGCGGACAUCACCUGGGACAUCCACAAGCUCAACCAGGACGGCCUUCGCAAACCUCGGAGAUCCAGAAGCUGGUCCUCCAAGGAUAUGGACGCCAGGAGGAGAGGGUCCACCGCAUCGUCGUUGAACGUGCCAGGAGGCUUUCGCAGAGCGUUUUUAGUGAACAAUUCGCCGUUACGGACCGUGCAGCCCAGUUUUUUGACCAAAAACUUCAUCGAGUUUCUCAGCAUCUACGGCCACUUUGCGGGCGAAGACCUCGAGGACGAGGACAACAUUGCCUGCCACUACCAGCAUCCAGCAAAGUACGACGAGGAGACGUUUUCUGGCGAAGAAACGCCGCUUUUGCGAUCGGACUACGACCACUACAACCCCAACGGCACUGCAAACGACACCAAAACGUAUUUCCUUCUCAUCAAGGCUUUCAUCGGCACGGGAGUGUUGUUCUUACCCAAGUCGUUCUCCAACGGUGGCUUGCUUUUCUCGGUUUUAACCUUGGUCUUUUUUGGGUUUCUCAGCUACUGGUGCUACUUGACGUUGAUCUUCUCCAAAAUCGCCACCAGAGUAUCCAGCUUCAGCGAGAUCGGAGCUAAGCUCUACGGCAGGUGGUUCCAGCAACUUAUCUUGUUUUCCAUUGUAAUCUCCCAGAUAGGCUUUGUUUCAGCCUAUAUUGUUUUCACCGCAGAAAACUUGAGAGCAUUCAUAAGCACGGUGUUUGGCUGGCAACUCUCUAUCGCGUGGAUGAUCACCGGCCAGUUCUUCAUCUUGGUGCCGUUGUCAUUGAUCAGGGAUAUCACUAAAUUGUCGUUGUCUUCGGUGAUGGCCAACGGAUUCAUUCUAAUCGGAUUGCUUACCAUCAUCUACUACUUGUUCUACGAAUUGUUGAUCACUAACAAAGGCGUUUUUGGGCCCCAGAUCGAGUACAUCUUCAAUUCAGGCGAGUUUUCGUUGUUUAUUGGGGUGGCCAUUUUUGCAUUCGAGGGCAUAGGCCUUAUCAUUCCCAUCCAGGAGUCAAUGAUCCACCCCAACCAUUUUCCAAAGGUAUUAGGACAAGUUAUGCUUACCAUUUCGACGGUUUUCAUAUUCAUGGGGACCUUGGGAUACUUGACUUUUGGUAGCACCAUCCAGACAGUGAUUUUAUUGAACCUUCCCCAGGGGGAUAUCAUGAUUAUUCUCAUCCAGUUGCUCUACUCGUUUGCUAUUCUCUUGUCGACACCAUUGCAAUUGUUUCCUGCAAUUCGUUUGGUCGAAUCGAAGUUGAUUAAAAAGACUGGAAAGGACUCCACUCGGGUUAAAUGGUUGAAAAAUUGCUUCAGAUUCUUCUUCGUGUUGUUGACCUCAUACAUCGCACUUGUGGGUGGCCAGAACUUGGACCGGUUCAUCUCUUUCGUGGGAUGUUUCGCGUGUAUUCCGUUGGUGUACAUGUACCCUCCUAUUUUGCAUAUCAAGAGUUGUUGUAAUGAGCAGGAAGGGUUGAGCAAAGGGGAAAUCAACCAGAGGUAUUGGCUCAAGGUGUUGGACUACAUAUUGAUUGCAAUUGGUGGCGUGGCCAUGGUCUACACCACAUAUGAUAUUUUGAAAUAA